CCGACAAUUACAUUUUGCACAUCCAUACCAAGCUAGAAACUAAUUGAUGGAGAAGGAGAUCAUCAGCGCGAGGUCGACGACGACGACGACGACCACCGCCGCCGCCGGCGACGUCAACCUCGACCUGCGGCUGGUCCACUCCACGGCGGCCGGCAGGCAGCACACCGCGGCCACCAGGAACCCGGCGCCGCCUCUCGCCGCCGCCGGCGACGACCGCGCCUUCUCGUGCACCUACUGCCGGCGCAGGUUCUACAGCUCGCAGGCGCUGGGCGGCCACCAGAACGCGCACAAGCUCGAGCGCAGCCUCGCCAAGCGCAGCCGCGAGCUCUCCGCCGGCGUCACGACGGCGGCGGCGCCGCCGCCGCCGCAUCCUGAGCUCGGCUGGCCCUACCCGCCGCAGGGCGGCGCCGCCGCGGCCGUCGUCAGCUGGAUCGCCGACGGCGGGCGCCGCUACGGGUACCGCGUGCACGCCGCGGCAGCCGGCGGCGACGCCGAGGACAUCGACCUUUCUCUCAAGUUGUAAGCUAUACUGCUAGCCGGUGUCGCGUCCACACGCUUGUCAUGCGUGUGCAUGGUUACUGCCACUACUACCACUAGUCCACACUAUCACCAGCUUGCUAGUGCUUUAAUGUUACUUGUGUCCGUUUGACACAAAAAAGCUAGCCAAAUCGACAGGCAAUUUGUGUGUAUGCAAUGCAUAUCUUGUGUUUCAACUUCCAAUUCAAUCGAUUUGUGAAAUGUGUGCUCGCUCUCACAGCUGGUUUAAUUAAUUUUGUUUGUGUGAUAUACUGUAUAUGAUUUUAGUAGUGUGUGUAUAGAGACGCACCUCAAUCACACCUUAAUGGGUACUCCUAUGUACGUACAAUUAAUUAUUAA